AUGGAGGCUUUGAGGAGCCUCUGGAUAUUUUUUCUGGUGGAGUUGGUUUUUCUUGCGGGAUGUACCUGUACAACGGUGGCGGUGACUCUUCGGCGACCUCCCAGUAAACAAAGGAUAUGCCUAGGGCGCUACGGCUUCGUAAAGCCAUCGCCUCUAUCUCUAUCUGGACCAAAUGUAGGGCUCAAUGGGACGUUUGUUCCCUCCAUGAAAACGUGGGGUACUCGAUUUGGCACUGCUAAGCCGUGCAACCUGGCGAGUGGCAUAUUAGGCCAUGACAGACACCAACCAUUGCCAGCCAGAAACUGCGCUUCAUAUCUUCGAAGGAGUGGACAACCAGCGGCGUGUAGUACAUAUAAAGCUGAUGCAAAUGGCCAAGUAGGAGCGCGCUGGGGAAGCUUGGGGCACACUGAAAGUAAUCUGGCUUCCGGUUGCACAAACACCCGCAGGUCACAGCAUGAGGGAAAGCCCUUUGCCUUCACUGAGAUGGUGUCUCAACGUUCAUACGGUGGAACCGAGGAUAAUGGUACAUCAUUAAGUCAGUACAAUGCUUACAAAAGAGGAUUUUCACGAUUAUGCGGUACCUACGCGUGCCCGGAGGGGGAGCAAGUCUCGGUGCAAAAUAUGCAGGGUGGCACUCUGUCAAAGAGAGAAGAAGAGCAUUACCCUAAAGACCUGGAGGCUUUUCAGCAAGCCCUGCGCCACAUGGAUAGCCGUUUCAUGAAGAUAGCAAAGGAAACAGCAUCCCCGACACCCAAGAAUGCGGAAAUCCUAGAGAGCCUUGGCCUGCUGUGGAGGCAGCGACGUUUGGAGCAGCUUCAGGAAGAAGAGCAGCAGCAACAUUUGGAUGGAAGAGUCCGGGCACCACUUUACGGAAGCAUUGACGAAGCCAUUGUUGGGAAGAAAAGUGGAAGUGCCUUCAGAGCGCGUGCAUACAAGAUGGCAUACGAAAUUCUGCACCGUUCACGGAUUCCAAUAUACAAUGUUGCUGAAGCACUUUUGUUGCUGCGAGAUGGCGGCCUGCUUCUGCGUGGGGAAGAGACGAAUUUGGUGAAGCGUGGAGCCUUCCGUUCCGCAGUCUUGCAGAAGAUUCACGUGGUCUUGUCUCACGGCAUCACAGAGCUUAUGAGGCAGUCUCGAAGCAUUUUACGGGACGGGGCAGUGCAAGAUCUUAGCCGACUGCCAGGUGUGACACGCCGCACGGCAGCUACUCUUUUUGAAGAUUACUUCAUAGAUAGCUCCCAGGCGCUCCGUGAGCGUCUCUCGGCUUUGAACAGCGGCAUGGAGCAACUACCUGGAAACAGUCAAGACUCCUGGGCCCCUCCAGCUUCAGUAAUGCGUAAUGGCACUAAGUUUCGUGGGUUACCGUCUGAAGCGGACAAUCGUCUAGCAAAGCUUUUCCCAACUGAUCUCAGUAGGGCCUGCAUUAUGCAUUCCGACUCUUUUAGUGCCCCGAUGGAAACUGCCGAGUUUGAUGAAUGGCAGCAGCAGCUUUUGCUCGUGCAGCAGGAUCUCAGGGGGUCUAAAGAUCUCACGCCUUCAGUGCCUUUGGAUUUGCCUGACACCUUCCACGGUGCAGCACAGGACUUCCCUAGUAAACUCCCAGCCUGGCCUGUCGUGUCUCUUGGUGGAGGCAUUUUCCGUGGCUCCAACUGUAAACUGAUCUCACUAGCGUUGCAGGUGUCUCUCCUCCCCAGUUGGACUGAAGAAGGCCUCCUGCCUCCUAGCCUUGACCACGCCAUUUGCUGUGGCGGCAGAGGUGCCAAACCUGAGGAAAUCGCGUGGGUACAGCGACAGUGGGGCCACGUUUCGCAGGCGUAUCGAACGAUUCGGAGACAGCUGCACAGCAGCGCUGUGGAUGCGUUAAAGCAGCGUAACUUAAUCUCAAAAGUAUUCUCCGAGACCUCUAGAACCAAGACAACACACGCAGCUGGCCAGCUUCCGUGGCGUCAAGAAACGUACAGAUUGAUGACUAUCCAAACAGUAACUCCACGUGCAUUCCCAUUUGCCACCUUAGCUGCACGCUGCUCACCGUCCGCAUAUCGGUUGCUGCAAACCAGAACGCGAUCUCGCUGGGGGUGUAAUCUCACGCCAAGUGGCAUAACAGCAAGUUCAGCGGAGGCAGCAAGCGUCAAGAGUCCUCACGAGAAUGCGCUAGCCGAGGGUAGCGCACUCCACAACACUAUAGGUGAGCCCCCAGGAACCCAGAGUCUGUCAAACGCGUCCUCUGGCAAAGAAGAUAUCUGCUCCGGCUUUCAAUCAGAGAAUUCACUCUGGGUGUUCGACGAGGAGGGCGUACUGCGCCUUUUACAGGAGUCACUCCCUAUGCAUCAACGGGUGGGCACAGCACCUCCAGGCACAUAA